ACGCACCUGCCAACUGACGAGCCAGGCACCCGUCCGCGGCACUAGGAGUAACUGCGACGUCGUCGUACGUCCGUCCUGUUCACGCUGCCACGUCAUUAGAAGCUCGUUCAAGUGCUGCCACGUCACCAUACGUUCGUUCGAUUUGUGUGCUGCCACGUCAUCGUUCGCUCGUUCGAUUCGUGUGCUGCCACGUCAGCUUUCGGUCACUCGAUUUGCGUGCUCCCACGUCAUCAUUCGUUCGCUGAUUGGCAGCAGAGAGGAGGAGGAGGAGGAGGAGGAGGAGGAGGAGGAGGAGGAUGGCAACCAGCAUGAGCGCUGAUGUGGCACCAUCUGGGCCGUCGAAGAAUUAUCCGCCGGAACCGUGGCGGAUGCGCGGCAACAUGUCGUUGUCCCUAUGGCGAGUGCCCAAGCAGAGCCUCCCGGAGGUGCCACCAGGAACCAAGCCCGUGCUCCUUGGGGGCAAGGGUCUCGUCGGGACGGCGUGGGUGGUCUACGGGCCAGGCAGCGCCGUGAGAGUAUACAACGAGCUCUUCGCCGGUGUGCUGGUGACGCGGGGGAUCUGGCCACGUGUCAACAUCCCACAGAUAUGGGUGGAUAGCGUGCCGUCCAACGAGGGAGCGCGGGCAUUGUGGGGGGUUCCCAAGGAGAUGGGCACCUUCAAGAUCUCGGAAAACGCGCGGGAAAAUGGGCGGGGGAAUGCGCGGGAAACGCGUGCUUCCUUACAGGGCAUCGUGUCUGCCACGAUGAGCGACCGCCUCUCUCUCCCGGGAAAAUGGCCGGUGCGGCUCAAAUUUGUGCACUCCCUGCGUGGCAUGCUCAAAGACUGUCCCAUGGUCGUUCGGUCAAAGCUGACCGUGCGGAACGCUGAAUAUGACGUGGACAAGUCCGGACCGCUGACGUGGCUGCGGGGAAACCGUCCGUUCUUUACUCUGGGCUUGCCGGACUUCGACAUGCUCAUCGGCGAUAAACCCAUCGUGAAAGGAGAGUAGGGGGGCAGUUCUGAGAGAGGCGGGRGGGGGGGGGGGGRAGAGGGGGAGACGCCCCGUGGCGUCUGCUGGGCAGCACAGGGCGCGGCCUCAACGCGAGAACCCACGGGCGGGCUGAGCUCUGCCCUCCUCUUCGUCAAUGCCGCACCAGCUUGAUUGACAGCGGAGAAGCACGUGGCGCGCGUCUAUCGCAUGCAUGCAUGGUCGUCGAUGGCGCGCGUCUAUCGCAUGCAUGCAUGGUCGUCGAUGGCGCGCGUGCAUGCAUGGUGAUUGACUUCAUGCAUGCAUGGUCGUUCAUUAGAUGUACGCGUGCAUGGGAGUAGGACGCUGUGUUUUGCUCAUUGAUUGAGGACGAUGGGAUGAACUAGCCUUCAUACCGGGCACACCUUGCCGUUCUCCGGUUAAGUGCAUUGAAUGAACAAGGCAGUCUACGUACGUGCAUUGCGUCAUUGCAUGAACAAGGCUGCAUACGUUCGUGUAUGAUGGCAUGAAGAAGGCGAUUUGGUACGUACGUGCAUCAUUGGCUGAAGAAGGCUACGUACGUACGUGCCUUGCAUGAAGAAGGACUGGAUCGAAGGACGAUCAGCUCCAUGAGCCAUCCAAUAAAACGAAGAAAAGAAAAAAGGAAAAUCUUCAUGAGCUUAGCCUUGGCUUUCUCAUCGACGAGAGCCACCAAGCAUGAACCUUUUCCGUUUCUCCACGUUUUUUUAUUUAUGGGGAAGUUUCUCCAUUUUAAUUGAUCUGCUGCUUUGGAAAGAAAAAAAAAAAGAAAAAGGAAAAGAACGACUUCCGGGCUUCGCGUCGGGAGCUUCUUAUAUCGUCUUUUACUUCGACUCUACGUACGUGGAGAUGUCACACCAAAGACAAAUUAGCAUGCAAUACAAGUCGACGUGUCAAACAUAGACUGCGUCAACAUGGAAUUCAGAACGAACCAUCCAACAGCAGAGCAAACCACCAUCCCUCUCGUCAAGAUAGAAACUUGCACAUUCUUCCAGCGGCUACCCCUACGCCGC